CGAAUUCGAGGCUGGGGAAGAGGAAGGCGCACCAACCUCACUCGCUCUCGUUAGACCCGCGCAGCGCACGUUAGUUCGCUCCCUUUCUCAUUUCCCCGUUGUGCGCACAGCGCACCCACUCUCUCUCAUGGCAGCCUGCAACUUCCCCUUCGCCUCUCUCUAUAGAAAUUCCCCCUUCUCUCCUUUCAUUCUCCGAAUCCCAAAACCCUCGAAUUUCAAGCCUUUAAAAUCCCGCUCUCUAAUCACAAGCUGCAACUCCAUCAGCUGGGACGAUGUCCUUCGGAUCACCCAAACCGACGGUGACGAUGACGCCACCGAUCUCCAAGGAUACUUCGAGAAGGUCCGGAUCUGCAAUCGUGGUUCCGAAAUGCAGUCCGAGUUUGUUCCGUUCACGAUCGAGGAUAAUGUCGCUGGAUACGUCCAUAAUCGCUUCUCAGAUCAUUUAAGGAAAUUUUCGGAUGUGUUUACAUUCUCACUGGGUAACAGUCAAACUAACUGUGCUGGCGGCAAUAUCACACUACAUCCAUCACUUAAAACACCAGAGGAUAGGACAAGAGCAGUUGGAGAUGUAAUUAAAUGUUUGGGAGAAGUGAUUCCAGGUAUACGUAAUGAGCUAUACCCGGUGAUAUCAUCUUUUGGGCUGCCAGUAUUUUUCUCACUUGAACGUGCAGCUGCUCCUUACUUUGGCAUAAAGGCUUAUGGCGUCCAUAUGAAUGGCUAUGUCAACAGGGGUGGGCAGGAAUUUCUGUGGAUAGGAAAGAGAAGCGAUCUCAAGCCCACAUUUCCUGGGAUGCUUGAUCAUCUUGUUGCUGGUGGACUUCCCCAUGGGAUCUCCUGUAAAGAGAAUAUUCUGAAGGAAUGUGAAGAGGAGGCUGGAAUUCCGAGAUCUAUCUCCACUGGAGCUGUCCCAGUUGGAGCCGUUUCAUAUAUGGAUAUCAAUGCCUACAGUUUCAAGAGAGAUGUUCUUUUCUGCUAUGAUUUAGAACUCCCUGACGGAUUUGUUCCUACAAAUCAAGAUGGAGAGGUGGAUAGCUUCAGGUUGAUCCCAGUAGAACAUGUUGCAAAGAUCAUUUGGAAGACGGAAUUUUUCAAGCCUAAUUGCUGUCUUGUCAUCAUUGACUUUCUUUUUCGUCAUGGCUACGUAAGUCCUGAAGACCGUGGUUAUUUACAGCUGCUGCAGAGCUUAAGGAGCGGAGAUUGCUCCUAAAUUGAUUCUCUUUUUGUCUCCUUCACUUAUGGAUUCUUGUGGUGAUGGAUAAGUUCUAAAUUCCAUUUUCAGCCUA